UUGAGGCGCCUAAUCAGGGUGUUGCAGCUUAUUGAUGCCAAACUGUGCGCGAUCCAGCUGAAUUACGAAGUUGAAUUUUCGAAUCAUUUGAAAACAUUUUUGCCGGAUAAUUUUUCAAAACAUGGAGGUAAGCUUUAUCCACUGGCAUCUGGUGGAAUGCGCCCUGAGCAUGUAACUAAGAGUCACAAAGCCGAACAGUGGGCACAUUGCGCGAAAUUCGCCUUCCUGCUGAGUGUUUUUGGAAGCGCUGUGCGGAAAUUCUUCGGCGCCGUUAGGCUGUGCUCUGUGGAGCGACUUUCUCGUUUGGCGCAACUACAAACAGAUAUUGCGAAGGAGGAACGUAUGAUCGACCAGUACAUUGAUUUGCUAAAAAGUGAUAAAUUCGAUGAAAAUACAUCAUGUGACAGUGUCGACAAAGGAAUAGCAUUCUUCGAGGUCUGUUGUAUUUUUUUACCACUUGUCCUGGUUUUCUUCUGUGCUGCAGACUAGUU